AUGUCGGCUACUCCCCCAUCCACCUUUCAUCUCACUACCUCUCGCUAUCCAUGGGCCAUUCAUGAUUGUCCCUUCAGCAAGGCGAGUAACAGGCCGGCAGCUUUCUACCGCCGAAGAUUACGACAAUACAGUUCGGAAGAUGCACCCCCCAAUGAGCCUCCGACCCUCCCAAAACGCCCCCAGUUCCGCGACUAUUUCGUUACUCACCUUCCGUCGUCGUCACUGCAUCCCGAUCCCCGAGGGCCGACCUCACCCUUUCACAAACUCCCUCGGUCCGAGUCGGUACCACAUACCGGGGAAACAUCACAUUCGCCAACAUCAUUUCAGAACUUGGUCAACCGCGAGACUACUGUGGUGCGGAUUCCCCUGCGCAGUGCCAAACAUCACUUUGGUGCCGUUACUGCCCGCGGCACUCGGCCCGCAAAUGAAGAUACCUACCAGGCCGGGGUGAUUGACAUACCCGCAUUUGCAAAGCGACCUCCAGCGUCUUUGACGAUCAAGCGAGACUCUUCAAGUUCAGUCCGCGAGUCGCGCGCCGCAGACACCGCCAGCGGCGACCCCCAGAUCUUCUACUUUGGCAUUUUCGAUGGUCACGGAGGUUCGGAGUGCAGUGCAUUCUUGAGAGACUAUUUGCAUGAGUACAUCCAAAAUGCGGCCGCCAAUUUCGAGAUUAAAUCAAGCCUGCGGCCAAAUCAGCAAUCGAUGACCGGAGGUGAGGCUUGCGCUUCAUUGCCCCUGAUGCAGGAGGGCAACAGACGGCGGAUCGGAGACCUGGAGAAAAGCCUGGUGAGCAACUGGAGGCGCUUGGUGGGUGGUUAUUUCAAAAGAUUCAAACCACCUCAUUUCGCCUAUUAUGGUACCGAUCCCGAGGAUGCCGCAUCCGUAGACCGUGUCUCCAUAGAGGAAGUCAUGGAAUAUGCCUUUUUGCGGGCUGAUCUGGACUUUGUGAAAGCGCAAGCGGCCAAGCGGGAUGAUGAUCUGGCGCUAGCUGAGAAACCCCUCAACGAAGACGAAAUUCUCCAUUCUCCGAGCCUCACCAGAUCCCCGAAAAUCGGCGGCCGGUCGCGGUUCAAGGGUGGAAGCACUGGGAGCAUUGCCAUGAUCUCUCCUCCCAGCCCAACCCCCUUUUGGCACCCCGCGGGUCCCUCCAGUCUUCUUGUCGCGCACGUGGGAGACACCAAAGUCCUGCUCUGCUCAACCGCCACCGGUGAGGCUAUUCCUUUGACGGCCAACCACCACCCAUCCUCUCCUAUCGAGGCCGGUCGCCUUCGACGCUAUGCAGCAACCUUUGUCACCGACUCAUUCGGCGAGGAACGCAUGAGCGGGCUCGCAAACACCCGCGCUUUCGGUGAUGUGCAGUCGAAGCGGAUCGGCGUUUCGGCCGAGCCAGAAGUCAACCGCAUCGAGAUGGGCCCUGCAGAGUUUUCUUUUUUGGUUAUGAUGUCCGACGGUAUUAGCGGCACGCUUCUUGACCAGGAAGUCGUAGAUAUCAUCAAAGAAGCCAAGACCCCUGAACAAGGAGCCCGUGACGUUGUCAGCUUUGCGACCGAGGUUACCAAGGAGGGGGACAAUGCCACCUGUCUUGUUAUUCGACUAGGCGGUUGGGAGCGACGACUUGAAGGAGGUGUGGGUAGCUUGGGAUCGAAAGAAUCUCGCGAGUGGCGACGACAGGAUGCCACUGAUCCGCGCAGGUCACGGACAUGA